AUGAACUAUACACUGUUGCAAUAUAAAUUGGGGAGAAUCAACAAUUCAGAAUUAGUAAACCUUACAAGAUUACGAGAAUUAGAAAGAAUUGUUGAAUCAUCAACACCAAAGAUAUAUAAUUACCAUAAAAAAUCUGAAUUGUAUGGAGCCAUAACUUGUCUGGAUAUUGAUAAUGGAGGUGAAUUCUAUUUGGGAGCUACAAACAACGGUUCUAUUUCUUUGUGGGGGUUUAAUGAAAGGUUAGAGGUAAACUAUGAUAGUAAUGGAUCCAAGAUUUAUGAUUUAGUGAAUAAAAGACUAAAUUAUGCUAAGAGGAGUACCGAUGAGGAGAUAGAUAUUAGUAAUGCACAGUUGGAUUCAAGGAAAAGAGCUAGACAGGAUGAAGCUGAUAUGAAAUUGGUCCAUAGUUUUGAAACUAGUCGGAAUAAAUAUAGAAUGUACAGGAAAUCUAAUAACACACAUUCAGUACAGCGGAAAGAAGAACCUUCACAGGAGGAAGAUUCUUUGGAAUCGCACAAGUAUAGCAUUAGAACACUGAAAUGGUAUAAGGACGACAAUGGGAUGUUUUUCACUGGAUCUUAUGAUAAUAGUGUCAAAAUUUGGAACACAAAUGAAUUUGUGCCUGUUCAAGAUAUUAAGCUAGAACAUAAAGUGAAUCAGAUUGAUUGUAGUUACCAAGGAACAAAUAUGCUAGUUGUAGCUACAGAUGAUUAUCAUCCAAGAUUAAUUGAUUUGAACAACAUGAAUCUCGGGUUAACAUCAUUGGGAAAUGCCAAUAAUAGUGAGAUGAAAUCUCCUAUAUUAUGUUGUAAAUUUAACCCACAAAGGACAAAUAUAGUAGCCACGGGAGAUGAAAAUGGACAGGUUAAAUUAUGGGAUUUAAGAAAAAGCAAUAGACAGCUAUUAGAAUUGAAAGAUACGAUUUCAGGGAAUGCACAUUUACGAGGAUGUAAUGAUAUUGAGUGGGAUGAAACUGGUCGAGAAAUAGUUACAGUUGGACUUGAUGGCAAGAUCAAAAAAUGGACACCAUUCAGCGACUUAAAUUCGAUGAUAUCAUUACAACUUGGAGAUACAGAUAUUAUGCGGAACAGAUAUACGUAUCGGACAUCACAGAGGUUAAUUUGGUAUGGGGAUUAUAUACUAUUAAAUACUGACAAUAAUGAGAUUACCAUAUUUGAAACGAUUGAAGGUAAGCAAUGGAAUAAAAUCAAGAAUCCGCAAGAACAGUUCAAAAAAAUAACAAAGAAAGAUAAAUCUGCACAAAUCAAUGCAUUUUCAAUUCAGCGAAAUCCAACCAAUUCUAAUGGAACAAGAUUAUUACUAGCCACCUCCAAUUGUAUAUUAGAAUACCCAUAA